AUGGAAGCUGUCAUGGGGUGGCUACACGACGUGCGAAGCGCUAUACUUGAUGAUAAAGAGAGAACUUUGGAAGUGGAUAAAUUUAUCCGCCAACUAAUCGAUUUUGGACUCAUGACACACACAGAAGAGAUGGACAACGGGGAAAAGAGCGGAACCAAAGCCAAAAUCUAUCAUAUCUUCUCUAUUCUCUUCACAAAGGACCCAGAAGACACCGAAUCGAAAUUGCGCAAAGUUCUCAAGGCGACAAAUGGCGAAAGCUAUAUCAACGAGGCGGAUCGAAAGAGGGCCGCCCUUGGCACGAAUGACAAGGUUCAGACGACCCAAGAAAGCAUCAACUGA